AACGGGAUCGUGAGCAGUGCAGAGCUGUGACGGCAAGGAGCGCUGCUGGGCAUCAUAGCAGCGCUCACAGGGGAAGAUCGCAGAGGCAGGGAGGACCCGGUUUGGGGUGCUACUAAAAUACCGAGUGGAUCCUCCCCAGAGAGAAGAGCAGGUAUCCCCCAGCAACACAAGUAGAUGAAAGUUUAGCUGAUCGUGGAAAUCGUGGAAGGCUAACACACGUCCUCCCACUACUCCGUCCAGGCAGCAAAGGCUCCUCCAUUCCUGCAGACAGGGCACAUUCCUAUCUGUAAAUGUGGGGGUACUUGAAGUAGCUUCUCAGAGGGAGGCCAGACAAGACCAAGAACCUCCGGUCUACACGCGGCUACACAUACUGGAUCAGUAGGGGGCAGAAACCCAGAUCUCCUCGUUCUCACACUGCGGGAGGCACUUCUAAAUGGCGAGGGAGGCAGGAUUCACCGGAAAAGCUCUCAGCCUUCCUGUCAACGCCAAGACUCUGGCUGUAUCCAGAUGCACCCUGGUGAGAUCAAGGAACUGAGGAGUUGUGGGACAUCCACAAGGAGAUUCUCAAAGAUGUCUCAGAGCCAGCGGAGUUUCUGUACUGUUUGAUCACGUUCCAGUUCUUCCUGUACCUCAAUCUCUGUUGCUAUGGAGACUUCCAAUGGGACUGAGACCUGGUACAAGAGCCUCCAUGCUGUGCUGAAGGCUCUGAAUGCCACCCUUCACAGUCACUUGCUUUGCCGUCCUGGGCCAGGGCCAGGACCUGGGCCAGACAAUCAAACUGAAGAACGUCGAGCUAGCCUUCCUGGCCGUAAUGACAACUCCUACAUGUAUAUUCUCUUUGUCAUGUUCCUAUUUGCUGUCACCGUGGGCAGUCUCAUCCUGGGAUACACCCGUUCACGCAAGGUGGACAAACGUAGUGACCCCUAUCAUGUGUACAUCAAGAACCGCGUGUCUAUGAUCUGAUGUGAGGUGCCCAAAAAUGACGGAAGAGUCCGAUGCCUGAGGAUUGUCUUCUUGGGCCCCCAGAACUCUGGACCCUCUCAAGCCUUAGUGUCUCUAUCGAUACAAGGGCAACAAGAAAUUGGUAAGAGAGAUUGUCGUUGGGACCAGAGAAGAAGGGCUGGUAGGCCUGGCCUUGUGGAUAAGAUAUUUUUUUCCAGAUAAAGAUAGGCAUUAUAUACUAAGAGCCCAUGAACAAAUACAUAGAAGUAUGGCUACUGGUGAGUAGGAGAAGAGGAAGAGGAAGGGAAAUGGAGCAGAAGACGCUCUGGAAACAUAAUCUUUUAAUGUGUGAUCUUCAAACAUGAGAAACCUUGAUAAAACCAGGUAAUACUA